AUGACUGACAAGAUGUCGAGCUUCCUUCAUAUUGGAGAUAUUUGUUCUCUCUAUGCAGAGGGCUCAACAAAUGGAUUUAUUAGCACUUUGGGCCUGGUGGAUGAUCGGUGUGUUGUACAGCCAGAAGCAGGCGAUCUUAACAACCCACCCAAAAAAUUUAGAGAUUGCUUGUUCAAACUAUGUCCCAUGAACCGGUACUCUGCUCAAAAGCAGUUCUGGAAAGCAGCAAAGCCAGGAGCUAACAGCACAACAGACGCCGUGCUACUCAAUAAACUGCAUCAUGCGGCAGAUUUGGAAAAGAAACAGAAUGAAACUGAAAACAGAAAGCUGCUGGGAACGGUCAUCCAGUAUGGCAAUGUUAUCCAGCUGCUUCACUUAAAAAGUAACAAAUACUUAACAGUAAAUAAGAGACUUCCAGCCCUGCUAGAGAAGAAUGCUAUGAGGGUGACCUUGGAUGAAGCUGGAAACGAAGGUUCCUGGUUCUACAUACAGCCCUUCUAUAAACUACGUUCCAUUGGAGACAGUGUUGUCAUUGGAGACAAAGUAGUCCUGAAUCCCGUCAACGCUGGCCAGCCUCUUCACGCCAGUAGUCAUCAGCUUGUUGAUAACCCAGGAUGCAAUGAGGUCAACUCUGUGAAUUGCAAUACAAGCUGGAAAAUAGUCCUCUUCAUGAAAUGGAGUGAUAACAAAGAUGAUAUUCUCAAAGGGGGGGAUGUGGUGAGACUGUUUCAUGCAGAACAGGAGAAGUUUCUGACUUGCGAUGAGCACAGGAAGAAGCAGCAUGUCUUCCUGAGAACAACAGGGAGACAGUCGGCCACAUCUGCAACGAGUUCAAAAGCCCUGUGGGAAGUAGAGGUGGUGCAGCAUGAUCCUUGCCGUGGUGGUGCGGGCUACUGGAAUAGCCUUUUCAGGUUCAAACACCUUGCUACUGGACACUACCUGGCAGCAGAGGUAAACCCUGACUAUGAGGAAGAUGACCUGGAGUGUCAAUCCUCACUGGACCCUGAGCAGGAUGCCUCCAGAAGAGGCUUGCGCAGUGCUCAGGAGAAGAUGGCGUACUCUCUGGUGUCCGUGCCUGAAGGAAAUGAUAUCUCCUCCAUAUUUGAGUUGGACCCUACCACCUUGCGAGGAGGAGACAGCCUUGUUCCCAGGAACUCUUAUGUCAGACUUAGACACCUUUGCACUAACACCUGGGUUCAUAGUACCAAUAUCCCUAUUGAUAAAGAAGAAGAGAAACCUGUGAUGCUUAAAAUUGGUACUUCUCCAGUGAAAGAGGACAAAGAAGCUUUUGCUAUAGUACCAGUUUCCCCUGCGGAGGUUCGGGACUUGGAUUUUGCAAAUGAUGCAAGUAAGGUUUUAGGUUCCAUUGCUGGCAAGUUGGAAAAGGGAACAAUAACCCAGAAUGAAAGAAGAUCUGUUACCAAAUUGUUGGAGGAUUUGGUCUACUUUGUUACUGGUGGAACUAAUUCUGGACAAGAUGUCCUCGAGGUGGUAUUUUCUAAACCUAAUAGAGAACGGCAAAAACUGAUGAGAGAACAGAAUAUUCUAAAGCAGAUUUUCAAGUUGUUGCAAGCACCAUUUACGGACAGCGGUGAUGGCCCGAUGUUGCGGUUGGAGGAGCUUGGAGACCAGCGUCAUGCUCCUUUCAGACACAUAUGCCGGCUUUGCUACAGAGUGCUGAGACACUCUCAGCAGGAUUACAGAAAGAAUCAGGAAUACAUUGCGAAGCAGUUUGGCUUCAUGCAGAAGCAAAUUGGCUACGAUGUCUUGGCUGAGGACACUAUUACAGCACUUCUUCAUAACAAUCGCAAGCUCUUGGAGAAGCACAUCACAGCUGCCGAGAUUGACACUUUUGUUAGUCUUGUGAGGAAAAAUAGGGAGCCCAGGUUUUUGGAUUACCUCUCAGAUCUGUGCGUUUCCAUGAACAAGUCUAUUCCAGUGACACAGGAGUUGAUUUGUAAAGCUGUGCUGAAUCCAGCAAAUGCAGACAUUCUCAUUGAAACUAAGCUGGUCCUCUCUCGAUUUGAGUUUGAAGAAGUGUCCAGUGGAGAAAAUGCCCUGGAAGUUGGAGAAGAUGAGGAAGAAGUGUGGUUGUUCUGGAGAGACACGAACAAGGAAAUCCGCAGUAAGAGUAUCAGAGAGUUGGCUCAGGAUGCUAAGGAAGGGCAGAAGGAAGAUCGGGACGUACUCAGCUACUACAGAUACCAACUAAACCUCUUUGCUAGAAUGUGCCUUGAUAGACAGUACUUAGCCAUAAAUGAAAUAUCAGGCCAGCUGGAUGUGGACCUCAUUCUCCGUUGCAUGUCUGAUGAAAACUUGCCGUAUGAUCUGAGAGCAUCUUUCUGCCGGCUAAUGCUGCAUAUGCAUGUUGAUCGUGACCCCCAAGAACAAGUAACACCGGUGAAGUAUGCUCGCCUGUGGUCUGAAAUACCUUCUGAAAUUGCUAUUGAUGACUAUGAUAGCAGUGGAACAUCCAAAGAUGAAAUUAAGGAGAGAUUUGCACAAACAAUGGAAUUUGUAGAGGAAUAUUUAAGAGAUGUGGUGUGUCAGAGGUUCCCUUUCUCUGAUAAAGAGAAAAAUAAGCUCACUUUUGAGGUUGUUAACUUAGCCAGAAAUCUGAUAUAUUUUGGUUUCUACAACUUCUGUGACCUCCUCAGACUAACCAAAAUCCUCCUUGCUAUAUUAGACUGUGUGCACAUCACUACCAUCUUCCCUAUUACCAAGAUGGCAAAAGGCGAGGAAAGUAAAGGGAGCAAUGUGAUGAGAUCAAUCCACGGAGUUGGGGAGCUGAUGACCCAGGUGGUGCUCAGAGGUGGUGGGUUCUUGCCCAUGACUCCGCUUGCUGCUGCUCCUGAGGGUAACGUCAAGCAGAGCGAGCCAGAGAAAGAGGACAUCCUGGUAAUGGACACAAAGCUGAAGAUCAUUGAAAUACUUCAGUUUAUUUUGAAUGUGAGAUUGGACUACAGAAUCUCCUGCCUACUUUGUAUAUUUAAACAUGAAUUUGAUGAAAGCAAUGCCCAGAUGUCUGAGUCACCCACUGGAAGCAGUAAUCAAGAAAUGCCAACUAAUGUACCAGGAGCCCUAGACUUUGAACAUAUUGAAGAACAAGCUGAAGGGAUCUUUGGUGGAAGGAAAGAGAAUACACCACUGGAUUUGGAUGAUCACGGUGGCAGAACGUUUCUCAGAGUUUUGUUGCAUUUAACAAUGCAUGAUUAUCCUCCUCUGGUGUCUGGAGCACUUCAGCUACUCUUCCGGCACUUCAGUCAGAGACAAGAAGUUCUUCAAGCUUUUAAACAGGUUCAACUGCUUGUUACCAGCCAAGAUGUUGACAACUACAAGCAGAUAAAACAAGAUUUGGACCAGCUGAGGUCUAUCGUGGAAAAAUCGGAGCUUUGGGUGUACAAAGGCCAGGGCCCUGAUGAGACUAUGGAUGGAGUGCAAGGUGAAAAUGAACACAAGAAAAAAGAGGAAGGUCACAGCAAGUCCCAAAAACCUGAAAGUACUAGCAGCUACAACUACCGUGUAGUAAAAGAGAUCCUGCUGCGGCUCAGCAAGCUCUGUGUUCAGGAGAGCGCCUCGGUCAGGAAAAGCCGUAAGCAGCAGCAGCGACUUCUGAGGAACAUGGGAGCUCAUGCGGUUGUGCUGGAGCUGCUGCAGAUCCCUUACGAAAAGGCUGAAGACACGAGGAUGCAGGAGAUAAUGAAGCUUGCACAUGAGUUUUUACAGAACUUCUGUGCUGGGAACCAACAGAACCAGGCGUUGCUGCACAAGCACAUAAACCUGUUCCUUAACCCAGGGAUUCUGGAAGCAGUAACAAUGCAGCACAUUUUCAUGAACAACUUCCAGCUUUGCAGUGAGAUUAAUGAACGCGUUGUUCAACACUUUGUCCACUGUAUAGAAACACAUGGCAGAAAUGUUCAGUACAUAAAGUUCCUGCAGACAAUUGUCAAGGCGGAAGGAAAAUUCAUUAAGAAAUGCCAAGAUAUGGUAAUGGCUGAGCUGGUGAAUGCCGGAGAAGACGUCCUGGUGUUCUACAACGACAGAGCCUCCUUCCAGACUUUGGUGCAAAUGAUGAGAUCAGAGAGGGAUCGGAUGGAUGAAAACAGCCCACUGAUGUACCACAUCCACUUAGUAGAACUGCUUGCUGUCUGCACAGAAGGCAAAAAUGUCUACACAGAAAUAAAAUGCAAUUCCCUUCUGCCUCUGGAUGACAUUGUUAGAGUAGUAACCCACGAGGAUUGCAUACCUGAGGUCAAAAUUGCAUACAUCAACUUCUUGAAUCAUUGCUAUGUGGACACAGAAGUAGAAAUGAAAGAGAUUUACACCAGUAAUCAUAUGUGGAAGCUAUUUGAAAACUUCCUGGUUGACAUCUGUCGGGCCUGUAACAACACCAGCGACAGGAAGCAUGCUGACUCCAUAUUGGAGAAGUACGUUACAGAAAUAGUGAUGAGUAUAGUCACCACUUUCUUCAGUUCCCCAUUCUCUGAUCAGAGCACUACUUUGCAGACUCGCCAGCCUGUCUUUGUACAGUUGCUGCAAGGCGUGUUCAGAGUGUACCACUGCAACUGGUUAAUGCCAAGCCAAAAGGCAUCAGUGGAAAGCUGCAUUCGAGUCCUCUCAGAUGUGGCAAAAAGCCGUGCAAUUGCAAUUCCUGUAGACUUGGACAGUCAGGUCAACAAUCUCUUCCUGAAAUCUCAUAACAUUGUACAGAAGACUGCAAUGAACUGGCGAAUGACUGCAAGGAAUGCUGCCCGCAGAGAUUCAGUGCUCACUGCCUCCAGGGAUUAUCGAAACAUAAUUGAAAGAUUACAGGACAUAGUAUCAGCUUUAGAGGAUCGCCUACGUCCUCUUGUCCAGGCAGAGUUAUCGGUUCUGGUGGAUGUGCUUCACAGGCCCGAACUGCUCUUCCCAGAGAACACAGAUGCAAGGAGGAAAUGUGAAAGUGGAGGUUUCAUUUGCAAGUUAAUAAAGCAUACUAAACAGCUGCUAGAGGAGAAUGAGGAGAAACUGUGUAUUAAAGUAUUACAGACGCUCAGGGAAAUGAUGACCAAAGAUAGAGGCUAUGGAGAAAAG